AUGCCCUCCCCGAGCCGAUCUCCAACACCCUCCGUCUCCCGUUCCGUGUCCGAGGGUCCACUUCGGCGCUCAGCAUCGGAACCUUGCAUCGGACUAAUCACUCCUGCGACAAGCCAACAAUCCUUCGAACUCAUGGAAACAAAAGCUAGCGACAGCAGGGAAGGCUCAAUUGACUACGCGAUUGAUCAAGUCCCUUUCAGCCUCGCUCGAAUGGUAGUCAACAUGCAAGAAUACUACAUGUCAGAACUUCAAGCCGAAAGACAAAAAACCGACCGCCUCACCCUUCAAAACGAAGAAAUGAUGCAAAAAAUGAGCGAGAUGGACAAGCGACUCCAAAUGCACGUCGUUCUCAUGGAUGGGUUUGUCGGUUUCAUGAGAGAAGUCAAACAAGGACAUUUUGCUUCUGCUGAGAUUGAGAUUGCGAAUCAGUUUGGGGGUGUUCAUUUGAAUGAAGUCAAAGGACUUUGCGCACCUGUACAACAGAGUGUUGAGCCGCCAACGCUAUCUGGGCCGAGUGAUGAACAAAGAAUAGGGGAACCAGCACCUUUUGAUAGCAACAUCUUUGAUCAAUUGCCGCCUACGCCGGAUAUGGAGACUGCUCCUGUGAGGAGUACUGGGAGAAGAGCGCCUAAGAGAAGGAAUCCUCCUAUGAGGCCGCAUCGGGAAUUGAAGAGACGGACGAGGGCGGAUGCGAGGAGUGUUCGGUUGAGGCAUUCGACGUGGAGGGUUAUCAAUACUGUGCAGGAUACAGGUCGUGAUGAAGAGUCGGGUGAUGGGUUUCAGGGAGAUACCAACGAUCAAGACUAUGCCCCGGAACCCGAGGUUCAAGAUGAAGAUGAGAGCGAAGAAGAACACCAAGAGCCAGAGCCAACAAACCGUGCAUCACCCUCCCCAGAACCCUCAGAAGAUGGCGAUCCCGACGUCGAAAAGCCUCGAUACACCCUCUCUCGCUCCAUAGCACCUCGCUUCGCAGCUGGUCCUUCAGGCGGCCGCUUCAAAUACUUUCGCAUGCCCAAGACUGUCGCACUAGUAUGGCAAGAAUGGAAACACGGUAGUCACGGCAAUCUAGCGAUUGAAGAACUCGAGAACAAGUACAAUACAUCAUGGCGCAUGGGAAUGUUGCAGGAGCGAAAGUAUGCAAGCAAUUAUAUCGGUGUUAGACAGAAAAUUGCCAGGCAGGUAGAGGAGAUGUGUGAGGAGGGAAUUACUGCCAAGGAGGCUUGA